AUGCAUUAUUUAUUUACUUUACCAUAUCAAUUUCAUCGUCUUGAUCAAUGUAUUGAUCAAAAUUUUUUUACAUCGAUACAAACGAAUUUGUCUCAUUCAAAUCUCAAUUUAUUAUCAAUGAAAUUCGUUCGUCAUCUUGAUUUAUCGUGUCAUAUUACCAUUGAAUUCUUAGAUCUCCUUCGAAAAUCGUUUUCUUCAUUAAAAUCAAUUCGUUUUUCUUCAUCAACAGCUGAAUAUCUUCAUCCACCUCCAUUAUUUCGUCAACAUCGUUAUUUUCUUCAUUCAGUUCGAAAACUUGAAUUUGAUUUGACAUGUCGAAAUCAAAUUUUAUUUCUUUGUUUAUUACCAAAUUUAACCGAAUUAAUUCUUCAUCAAUCACUUUUAAAUAUUGUUUUCGAACAAAUCAGUUCAAGUUAUUUCUACAAAAUCAAACGUUUAGUUGUUUAUUCAUUUCAAAGGCAAUUUCUCGACAAUAUUCUUCAAUCGUUUGUUCAGUUGGAAUAUUUAAUAUUAAAAACAACGAAAAGUGAAAAUGAAGGACCACAACGUUCAUAUUUAUCGAAUCGUUGUCAUCACAAAUCUCGGCCAGUGUCCAUUACUGAUAUUUUACAUGAAUUAUUGAAAAGUUCACUGAGAAAUCUGAAGGAAAUUUCGAUUGGAUGUUAUUUUGAACGAGAUGAAGUUAACCUUCAAGGAAUUUUAUCUCGAAUGAUUGAAAAAUCUGUUUUAAUAAAGAAAAAAUAUUUUAUUCAAAUUGAAAAUUUCCAUUCAACUCGAUGUGGAAAUGUUCAAAUCGAAUUUUUUUAA